AGCCUACAUAACAUCGUCUCUUUAUAGUUUGCCAAUAAAAACGUUUUUCCCCCUUUAUUUUUGAUUAAAAGAGUAAACCAGUAGACCCAUGGCCUGGACAUAUUUAUUUAUUUGCUUAUGACAUAUCUUAUAUCUACAAAGACUACACAGAAGCUAAAUAUAUAUGGCUACCAUGUAAAAGUGUAUUUAGGCAUACAUACAGAAAUUAUGGAUAUCCCAUGAUAUUGACAACGAGUACUGCAUCAUUCACACAGAAGCAAAGCAGCAUCAGAGCCGCAUAUUUUAGUAUGGCUUUUAUGCAGCACGUGUAAAUGGUAGAGUAAGGCUGUUUUAAGUGUGAAGCCCACAUUUUCACAAAUUCACUUCUGAAAUGCAUGAAAGGAAGCUAGAAUAUCUGCAAACGCUGCACAGAUGCUGCAUCUCAGCUAGAUGCCUCAAACAUCUGCUUCGCUGAAGCAACAUGGGAGAGAAAGGAAUAAGAGGAGAGGAGAAUUUCAAUGGAGAAAGUAGUAGAUAUUAGGCUGUACGGCUAGUAUUGUUCAAUACUAGCCAUAAUUCCAUCCUCCAAAAGAUAUAAUAAAGCAAAUCCACUUUUAUGGUUAAAGAAACUAUGGAGAUACAUUGGAGAUUACACCGGAAGUCACCAUAUGUCUCCUUUUCUAAUACGGAAGUAGGCGUGAAUAACAGCCACAUUCAGCAGCAUCGCAGUAGACGUCUGUAAUUAAUCACUGCAACCUAUUCAUUUCGGAUUUAAAUGCAUGCAGAUCAGCUUUAUUUCAUCGUUAUCUCAGCGAGAUACAACUGUUAAGAGCCCUUGGAAAUAUGAGCCAAACGUCAGAGCCUUCAGCCGAUGCUGCUGUGACUGAAGCUCCAGCUCCAGUUUCUCAGUCUGAAACCAAGCAAUCACCAGCAGGGAAGAAACAAAACAAAAAGAAAGUGGAAGAAGUGGUGGAGGAAGAAGAAGAGGAGUAUGUUGUGGAGAAGGUUCUGGAUCGGCGCGUGGUGAAGGGAAGAGUGGAGUAUCUCCUCAAGUGGAAAGGCUUUACUGACGUGGACAACACCUGGGAACCAGAGGAAAACCUAGACUGUCCUGACCUCAUAGCAGAAUUCCUUCAGUCACAGAAAACGGCUGAAUCUGGAGGCAAGAGGCGGGCAGAGUCAGACGGAGAUGGAAAGGAGACUAAAAAGCGCAAGGAUGAGCCUGAGAAACUCAGAGGUUUUGCACGUGGUUUGGAUCCUGAGAGGAUUAUUGGUGCUACAGACUCAAGUGGAGAACUCAUGUUCCUCAUGAAAUGGAAAAACUCUGAUGAAGCUGAUCUAGUACCAGCCAAGGAGGCGAAUGUAAAGUGUCCACAAGUGGUCAUCUCCUUUUACGAGGAGCGCCUCACCUGGCAUUCAUACCCCACUGAAGAGGAAGAGAAGAAGGAUGACAAAAACUAGACAAAAAAAAAAGAUGUAAGGGACAGUCAAUAUCAGUCGUGGCCAUUGAUAUGCUUGUUUUGUUCUUCGUUUUUUAUUUUUAUUUUUAAAGAUGGCAAAGGAAAAUUGUCAGAAACAAAUUUGUAAAAAGCAAAAGUAUAAACUGUAAUCUACAUAGGUUUCAGCGUAUUUUAGUCUGGGCACCGUUUCCAUAGAUGAAGCAAAUAGAACACUGCUGUUUCAGUGUGCUUGACAGGUGACUUUGCACAUUUAAUGUACUCUUCAUGCUUUCCAUUGACGGAAACAUUCAGAUCAUGUUUUGAAGGAGAAUCACAGUCUGAUAUUCCUACAUGUGAAAUAGUGUUCUUUACAUGUUAGAAAUGUUGAACAUUUACCCCCCCUACCCUGUGUAGAUUACAGUGUUUAGUCUAUCAUACUGGGUCCGUUUCAUUUGAUGCUGUAGCUGUCUCAAAAAACGUCCUGAUGUAUUCCACAAUUCUUUAAUUUUAUGUAUAUAUAACUAAUGUUAAAAUAUUACUGCCUUAACAGAUUAUUAAGAAAAUGAAAUUUUUAUACAUCUGUCAAUGCAGGUGGUCAUUGAACGCAUGACUGUAUCUAGGCCCAUGGUAAAAGGUGUAAAAUAUAGUCCUUAUUCGACAUUCAGAACUGGCUUUGAUACGAUUGUUUUUAUAAGGACAUGCCAGCAGCUGUUAAUCUUCAGUGUUUGUUUGCCCAUGACGUGUCUGGUCUCACCAUUGGUGCUAUUUGUGAGUCAGCCCCAUUGUCUUUCUUGACAUUUGUGUUUGUAAGUAUGUUUGCCAUUUCCUAGCACAUCAGUAUCACUGUGUACAGUCAGCUGAAGUUUGGUUUUUACUUUGAUACUUUUGUCUUAUUACUGUCACACAACAAAGUAGAAGAUCUUUAACAUUUGUUCACCUGUAGACAUUUAAAGUACUUUUUUAUGUUCUAAGCUUUUACGAUUGUAUGCUAGUUUUGUUUAACCAUAUUAUUAUUGCACAUUAUCAGAGCAUUUGCCAAUGAAAUACCAUUUUCAAAAAUAAAAAUCUUUGUUGUAUUUCUGUCAAAACUGGUCAUACUUAUUUAUGCUUAUACUCUGAAUGAGGUCAAUGGUCAAUACUUUUAAUCUUGGUGAAUUAUAUUAUUUACAUAUACUGGGAUUCCCCCCCGCCCCCAGCUGAACCCCUUUGACAUUAAAUAUUUUUGUGAAGUACCACCUGAAAUUUGAAGUUCAUAUUUUAAUAAUUUAAAGAUUUUCAAAACUAAGCAUGAUCAUUUCUCCCUGAUAUCGGUUUAUGGUCACAUUACGUGCAGGUUAGUGUUUAUUCUGUUUUU